ACGUUCUUUAUAAUAGUAGCCAGAGCUCAUCGAAACGCUCUGUCUUGAUUUGAAUUUAAAAGCCAAAUUUUUAAAUGUGUGAUAAAGGAGACAGUAAUGAUGAUAAAAGAAAUCUCAAUGUGGUGUAUGUUUACGGUCCGGAGUACAUCCAGACAUGUGACUCGCUGUCUAAAGUACCAAACCGGGCCAGUAUGGUGCAUUCAUUGAUUGAGGCAUAUGGUUUACUGAACUACAUGAGUGUGGUGAAGCCUCGUCUGGCUUCAAUUGAGGAGAUGGCUGUGUUUCACACAGACUCGUACCUACAGCACCUGCACAAGAUCAGCCAGGAUGGAGACAAUGAUGACCCUCAGUCAGUUGACUUUGGCCUGGGUUAUGACUGUCCGGUGGUGGAGGGUAUUUUUGAGUACGCGGCUGCUGUUGGAGGUGCCACUCUGACUGCUGCCCAGAGUCUGCUGGAUGGAAAGUGUGAUGUGGCCAUCAACUGGGCCGGAGGGUGGCAUCAUGCCAAGAAGGACGAGGCAUCUGGGUUCUGUUACGUGAAUGACGCUGUUCUUGGAAUCCUCAAACUGCGGGAGAAGUAUGAGAGAGUUCUCUAUGUGGAUGUGGACCUUCACCAUGGAGAUGGUGUGGAAGAUGCUUUCAGCUUCACCUCCAAAGUUAUGACAGUGUCUCUGCACAAGUUCUCCCCUGGCUUCUUCCCAGGUACAGGUGAUGUGAAUGACACUGGGUUGGGUAAAGGACGCUGGUACGCUGUCAACGUUCCCCUUGAGGAUGGAAUCCGUGAUGAUCGGUACUGCCAGAUAUUCACCAGCGUGCUGCAGGAAGUAAAAGCAUACUUUAACCCUGAAGCACUCGUGAUGCAACUGGGAGCGGACACCAUGGCCGGCGACCCCAUGUGCUCCUUCAAUAUGACUCCCGUUGGAGUCGGAAAAUGUCUGAACUAUAUUCUCGACUGGGAGUUACCUACUCUAGUACUUGGAGGAGGUGGCUAUAACCUUGCCAACACUGCCCGCUGCUGGACCUAUCUAACAGGGACCAUCCUAGGACAGACUCUGUCUUCUGAGAUCCCAGACCACGAGUACUUCACAGAAUACGGUCCGGAUUAUUCCCUGGAGAUUAGCCCAAGCUGCCGACCUGACCGCAAUGAAAGCCAACAUCUGGAGCGGGUCAUCAGCACCAUCAAAGUGCCAUUUCUACAGAUGAAAUAGCUCUUGUCAAAUAGCUGGUUCAGAUGUUCAGUUACACCAUUGAUGGUGUAAUGCUUUGUCGUAUGCCAUUCAUUUAUCCAUCAAUCCGGCCAGCUCUCCCAUCAGUGUCCUGGAGAACUUUGCAUCCACCCCCACUAGUGACCAGAGAGACCCGCAAACCAACCACAGUUGUCCCCUGCGACCGACUCUCCUCAGCUGUGGAAAAGAGAAACAUAUCUGUUUGAUGUUCCCAGUCAUCAGUAAACAAAUAGGCAAAGAAUUCCUAAGAACUUGAAGUUGAAGUCUCUAGGGAGAGGCCGAGAUGAGAAUGAGAACAGUCUAAACUAGGAACAUUUGCACACAUGUACGUGCAGGCCACCAGACACGCACAUAUCCGCACUUUUAUGAGAUGUCUCUCAAAACAGCAUCUGGUUUGUCCCCUUGACCAGAGAUUUUGUUCUUCUUCAUAGAUGUUAGAACGUAGCGUAUUUAAGCACGGUCUUUGUUCGUGGAUUCUGUGUGUGUAUUUCAUGACUCGUUUCUUGUUUAUUUGAGGUACUUCCAACUCUGUCGCCUUUUCACCUUCUCCAGGAAAAAUAUUCCUUUAGACUAAAACAAUGUUUCAAACUGAGAAUGAGUUUGAUAAAGAGAUGUCCCUUUGGAUAUAAAAUAAGAAAAGAUUUUUUCCUCAUUCAAGCAGCUAUCUAAUAGACUAAACCUGUCAAUAAAACAGUAAAAGCAGUUUUCAGAGAAUAAACACAAGGACAUAACAUGAUGAACUUAAAAGUCUGCGUCUUACCCGCAAUCCCUCACUGUACGGAGUUAACCAAAUGAAUCUAUAACGAUUGUGUGAGAGAAAUAAGUGACAAGUUGUGGUCUCCUGUUCUCAUCACCUCCCUCCUUAUGGGAUGAAGUUGACCUGUGGAUAAGCACCUUUGACUCGUGCUAAGCCCAUGAAGUGUAACCAGCCACCAGAAGACAGAGAUAGCACAUGUCAGUUCUCAGAGUCACAGCUGCUAGUGUAAUCCAAAACAAACCAAAUUAUAUUGUUUUGCCUUUUGUGUAAUUCUCAGAUCUUAAACGCAUUCAAACUUAGUGCAUUAUAAUCAUUCAUUAAACAAGAUCACAUUUCAAUCUUUACACAACCUCCUACCAUCCUUACGUUUCAGCUUUCGUAUUUAUAUUUUGGAAAAUGAGAACUCCCCUAUUUCCAAGCCCAUAAACAGUGCACGACAAACACUGCAGUCUACAGGCAAACAUGCUUAUUUUCUGUGCCUGUGCGGUAUGUGUAGCAUGUGCCACAUGUUUUUUGUAUCCCACAGCACCAGCAGCUAAUUAAAAAGGUCUUAAGCGGCAGGCCGCUUAACUUCCAUUUUAGGGUUUUCACCCAUCUCAUUCAGACUUCUCUAUACAGCUAAAUUAAAAUCUGAUCACACAGGAGCACAGAUCUUGGAGCAGUUUAGAUUGUAGCAUCCUGAAGUUAUGGGAGGAAUUAGAGGGAGAAAAACUCUAGUGAGGUCAGCUUUAAGAGAUGACCAUUUUACUAAAGAUUAAAUGUUGUUUGUUGCAUGCAUGCAUAACAUCACAUCCUCAGUUAAAGUGAUACUUCACCCAAAAAUGAUAAUUCUGCCAUUAUUUACACACCUUUGAGUUGUUCCAAAUGUGUCUCAAUUUCUUUUUUCUGAUAAACACAGAAAAAUAUUUGGAAUAAUGCUUAUAACCAAACAGAUCUCAUCCCCCGUUGACAACCAUAGUAGGAAAAAUUCCUUUAUCAUUUCUUUAUCGUCCAAUGAAACUGUCUAUAGAAAAUAUAACCAUAUGCUAUAUGGGUAUCCGUGUGUUGAGUCAGAGUGUUGAAUACCAUAUCCAAACAUUCAUUCUUUUAAAUAAAAAGAUUGUCUCAUGCAUUACUUGUAAUUGUUGUUUUGUGAAUGAGGUGAGAGGAGACUUUCGGUCUGACUGGCUAGGUUUGUAUUAAAGGAGGAAGUCAUUAUUUGUGAUAAACAUUUUAUUAGGCACUGAAUAAUACCAUCAAACUGGCUUCUACGGGGUCAUGUAAAGACUCCCGUAUCGUUUUUCAACAAGCUCUGCUUCGGCUUUCAAAUCAACAGCUCGCAUCAAUUAAACCACAUUUUAAUUAGGACUCCGCUGUGGCACUCGCUUUUGUUUAUGGCCUUGUUUAAGUUGCAUAAGAGUGUUUAUGAAGGAAGGAAAAGCGUGCGGAUGAGGAAAAGCUUGCGGAUGAGGAAACGCAAGCGCGUGAUGAGCGCCAACUGAGGUGAUGUGAGAAAUCUCUGCGGGCCUGAAAGCUCGCAGUGUCUAACCUGCCCAAACAUGAGCUGUUUUGAUAAUACGCUAAACCAUUUUUCCACGAAGAACUGCGAUUGAUUAACGCAGGUAAUAAAUGGAGAGGCUUGCAGUUGUUACACAUUAGCAGAGUUUUCAAGCACAUCUGGGUAGCAUUUACGACACUCAGCCUCGCGUUAUAAAACGCUGAGAGACAAAGAAGUGGAGAAAACUAGUGAACACCAUACAUGGUUGUUUUCAGUGAUCCCGAUCUGCAAAUUCUAAGGGCAGUUAAGUGUAUCUCAGGCUUCGUAAGUGCAUUAGUGGGAAGAACUAUUUUCGCGCCGGACAAACUGGAAAUUUUUGUUGAUUUCAUCCCUCAAGGAAUAUCAAAAUAUGUUACACACAUAAAGCCUUUGGAAAUGCUUGAAAAUUCAUGAAUAUUUACUGAUUUCCAACAUUUUGACAAUUGUUAAAAAAAGUCAAAGGAGAUAAUUUUAAAAUGCUACUGCAAGUGCAUAGCUGUUGUCUGGCACUGUGAGAUAUUAAAUCUCUCAGAUCGAACGAACAGUGCAAACAGUUCCUUUAAUUGUAACCAAAAUGUCCUUCGGUGCCUCAAAUUCAAUCCGACUGCCAUAGAUUCUCCUGGCAGCCCAAAUGUUAUCAAAACACCAGCUGGUGAGAACAAAGGGGACAUCCUUUUUGAGUGCAACUGUAUAGGUUCGGUAUGAAUGCAAGGCACAAUUGCAAUGCAAAUUGUGGUUUGUAAAUCCAUGUAAAUCGAUUUAGAUGAGGAAAUAUUUGAAUAAGUCCGUGCUUUCACAUGCUGUAGGAUAUCCUGCUCUUUCUCAUUUGCUAUGUGUCAGCUUCAUUCAGGAUCAGUGUCACUCUAACAUCAGAGAGUGGUAAGUUCUGGUGCAGAUGUGACAAACCAUGUACAGCUGCGGAUCAGGCUUUAUCUUAAACCUUUUGUGAACACACGCAAUUUUCUCCAUCAUUUUGUCAGUAAAUGCGGUGUAUACUGUCAAACUGGACACAUCAAAGCACACUUGUUGUUUUCCCAUCUGCUCUUUGCAUAGCAAGUCAAGAUGUUUGAAUGGUGUAUAUAGUUUCUUUUUUGUGUACUGCAUGUGCAAGGCUGCCUUGUGUCUCUGAGAAUAUAUGAUGUUCUGUAUGCCCCAGUGACAUUGAUCUGCUGUCGCAACCAUCCCCACCUGGUGUCUCUGUGUCAGACAUCGUUUUUUUUGUUAUUCAUUUUUUAAUUCUUCUCUA